CCGGUGAAGGGUGAAAAGUAUUGCAGCAGACUAGUAACGCUACACAAACACAUUUCUGAACAUAGCGAAUUUAACUGACAAAGGAUAAAUGGAUAUAACCGAACAGAUCAACCAGUUGGAGGCCGAUUUCGUGGAGCUGGGGUCACUCUUGGAGAAGGCGGAGAGAAAAAGAGUGCAGGAGGUGCUAAAGCAGGAGCAGAAGAAGGUGGAGAAGGAGCUCGCAGUCAAACGACAACAAAAGGAGAAACAAGCCAAGAGAGAUGCAGACCCAUCUGCUGCCUCUAAAGCAGUAUACACAGUCAAGAUCAACAACUAUGCCUGGGACCAGUCAGAGAAAUUCAUCAAAAUAUACCUCACGUUGAAGGAUGUGCACAAAAUUCCAUCAGACAACGUGGAGGUCAACUUUACAGAAAGGUCUUUUUCUGUGUUGGUAAAGGAUCUUGAUGGGAAAAACCAUCAGAUGACGAUCCUCAACCUGUUAUAUCCAGUCGAUGAAAAGGACAGCUAUAAAAAGAUAAAAACAGACAUGAUCCUGGUCAUGUGCAAGAAGCAGACAACAAAGAAGUGGGACUGUCUAACAACGGUGGAAAAGCAGUCUAAAGAGAAAGAUAAACCCAAUGUUGACGAGAACGCAGACCCCAGCGACGGUCUGAUGAACAUGCUGAAGAAGAUUUACACGGAGGGCGAUGACGAGAUGAAGAGAACCAUCAACAAAGCCUGGUCAGAGUCCCAGGAGAAGAAAGUUCGAGGAGGAGGAGAAGACAUGAUGGACCUCUGAGCUCCACAAGCAGCACCAAGGGAGAGCUGCCAGGGAUGCAUUUGACAUGACUUGAAUAUUAAAUAUUAUGAGUCCAAUAUAUGAAUCAUAUUUUGACAAAAUCUCGAAAUUCUGUGUACAGAUCAUGAAUAAAGUUUUGGGAUUAAUAUCUAAACCCAGGAUGGCCUAGUUUUGGCCCCGCUUUGAAAUGUCAUGGAACGUAAUGCAGAAUGCUAUCAAUAAAUUGCAUGGAAAACAUCUGUACAAACAUAAGGGCGGUGGCUACCAGGUGGCUACCUUAACACAACAAGAAGCUGCGUCGGUCACUUUGUUUGGUAAUGUCAGAUUGAAUGUGUUAAAGGACCACAAUGCAGUUGUUUUUCUUGAGGUUAAUGUCUGUGAGUAAGUCAUAGUUUAAAUUGGACCGGGGAUUAUUAAAUACCUGAGAGAUGUUCUGUAAAGUCACAUCUUCAUAUCGUUCCUGUGCAGCUAAACCGAGCUGAAAAUGUUUCCACGUGUACAUUUGCCAAAGUCAUGCUCAUAUUCCUUUAAUGAAGUCAACCAGAGGGCUCUUCUGACUUCUUUUAACGUCUUCAUUUCAGGCCUUUUUUAAAAAAAAUUUGUCAUUCCAUAAAUAGCUCAAAUGAUAGCUGCAAAGAGAAUACUGCUCAAGUGUAAUAACUCACAUUACUACACAGGUCUGUGUUUGACAUUUACUGUAUUUCACCCAUUCCUGUUGCAUAGCGUAAUGCUCUCAAACACUUAGUAAUUCCUUCAUGUGACUGUUGCAUUUUCAUUGUAUGGACAGUUUACCACUAUAUUUACAGCAGCACUGUUGAACUUGCUUGUUUCCCACGUGUUAAUUCUGUUGCUUAUUUUACCUCUGCUUUUGUUCUAGUCUUACGUGUAUUGUUGCCGGCCCUCAGGUUCUUCAUGACGUUCUCACAAAUACAGAUCUUGAACUGAC